UUUCAGUGUGAUAGUCUUUAAGUUUCUGAAGCUCUUUAAAACAUUAGUAAAUAUUAAAAUUAACCAUACAAAAUCGGUUUGCUCAAUCCGCAUAAAAAGAAAAUUGUGUGGGAUAGUAAAACAGUAAUUUAUUUGCGUACGGAUUCUUGUUAAUUAAAGUUUUGUGAAGUUACCGCCUUUUGGUUUCAGCGAAAAAUUGUAUAAUAUAAUACAACUUAUCGAUAAAUUAAUAACUUCUUGGCUUUGUGUUCUUAAAUAAAUGCCCUUGAAAACGAAAACGACGUGAUGGUGUUUUGUGCUGGUCUGUGAUUACGAAAUAAUAUUUCUGAUUCAUCUGAAAGUCAUUUUGGAUUGCUACCAACUUGCAUUUUUAAUGUGUCGCUGAAAACUUUAACUUAUAGUUAUGCAAAUGUACUCUGUGACUUCAACCUUCUCAACCUGUUUUAGAUCCCACUGCUGGGCAAACUUUAUCGACAUUAAAAUAAUUAAAAGGAUACAUUAACUUCAUUAUGAACGCAUGACAAACAUUUCACAAUUGUUUGAAACGGAACGCAAUUUGAAGUUCACAAAGAAAUACUGUCAAGAGUUAAACACUGUCAAACCAAACAGUACGAAAACAUUUCGACAUUCGACGGAGUUAUACACAUACGCAGUAAAUUAAAAUAAAAUGAGUGUGCGUGAGGACGAUCAGAAAAAAAAUGGCUGCUCCAGCCGUGGGGUGGCUAUCGCGGCCACAGCACUAGGAGUUGGCCUCGGAGCUGCGUUCUAUUACCUAUUUAACAAACGCCAAGAGACUCCAAACUCGGCAGGCUCGACCAGCCAUUGGAACGAUGAACCGCCACCCUUCCAUCGCCAUUACUCGGACGAUUCGUACACGACAAUAUCCGAGAAUGAAACGACUGACACCAGUAUGAACAGCCAAUCAGAUCACAGCAUUGAAGACGACAGUCAAUCAUCACAUUCUUCAGACUUCACGACUGACGAAUAUUCCACAAGUAAUUCCGAUUUUGUUGAUUCGGAAGAGUUUUCGACGUCAAACGGUAGUACUAUUGACAUGGAGGAGUUGUCUCCGGACAGUUCAGCGUCAGAGGAUGCUGAAUGGGACGUGACCAGGUCCUCGGCUGGUUUCCCGAACCUGGAUGAAAGUCUGAGAUCCUCUGUCAUGUUGGUCUUUCAAAAUGUGCGUGAUGUAAUAAGUCCGAGAGUGCAAAAGGUACAAGAUAAUCAAUUGACUCAAAUCAGGCAGGAAGCGUUUCGUCAACGCGGCUGGACCUUGGAGGAGUGUUCGAUCUGUUUCGACGUGAUGCUUCGUAACCAGGACAUCACGUCGCUCCCCUGCGCGCACAACUUCCACACGGAGUGCAUCCUGCCCUGGCUGCAGGAGAAACAGACCUGCCCCAACUGUAGGAAGGUGGCUGAAUGAUUGAGAUACAUGAAAGCAUUCGGACAACAUGGAUCCAACGUAGCCAACAGGUUUGGCCAAUAUUGGGCCCAAAGUUUGAUAACCAUUUUAUGAUUGUAUAGUUUCUUCUGUGUUUUUAAAAAUCUUCCGAUUUGUUCAUAAAAAUGAAAUGUAACUAAUAUUAUGUGAUAGAUAACGACCAAAUGCACUCAAGUAUAUCAAGCGAGUUAAUUAAA